GCUGCGUUUUUUUUUUUUUUUUGCUAACUCAUAAAUAUAGUUAAGCAAAGACAAUAAAACAGACACGGUAGUAAAGAAGAAGUUCAAACGAGUGACAGUGGACUAGUUUCUCAAAGUGUCACCGCUGGUCGUAUUGACCGGCGGAUUUACAGCACGCUUUUUAACUGCGGUUCAGUUGACUAAAAGGGAGACAGCUAACAAACUAAAUCUGCCAUGUCCGAGGAAAAGGAAAAUGAAGAGCAGGAGGUGAAAGAAGAUGAGGAGGAAAACGCUAAAAUAAACCCACAACCAGGUGGUAGCACUGCAGAGCAGCUGCCAGAGGAUGACAGAGAACCAGGGAGUGAUGCAGAGCCGGUGCAGGCUGACAGGUCCAGCACAGGUGUAUUGGAGCCUGUAGAAGUAGCUGAAACUCAAGCUGAUCUGCCUGAUGAUGCCGAGCAGCUGAGAGGGCCUCAGAAAACAGAAAAUGUUGGAAACUCAAUACCAACUGAUGUGUUGGAGCCUGUAGAAGAAGCUGAAACUCAGGCUGAUUUGCCCGAUGAUGCAGAGCAACUGAGAGGGCCUCAGAGAAAAGAAAAUAUUGGAAACGCUACAGCUACAGUGAAGGUGGUGCUGCUGCCAGAGGGUCAUGUGAUGACCGUGGCCUUCGCCAUCGGUCUCAGCAUUCAGGAGCUGAAGCGUCACCUCGCCCCGGAGCUCAGAGUUCCUCCUGAGGUGCUGCAGAUCUCUCUGGACGGCAGAGUGGUUGAAGAGCAGCAGAGCCUGAUGCAACUCGGCAUCCGGCCUCACAGCUCCACCCGGAUGGAGAUGAGCUCCACCGACCCGAACACCCACCCUCUCCGUCCCCUUCGCCCCCCAGAGCAUGACAACAUGCAGGACGUCAUCACUGUCCGAGUCCAAACAGAUGAGGGCGUGUUCCAGGAGGUGGUGGUGGAGAUUGAGCGUCCCCUCCAGCGGAAAGCCUUCCUGGGUGGCUACAGACACCGGCUGACGGGUGCGGAGUACCACCACGCUGCAGUCCAGACCCUGCCCAAGAGGAGACCUGAGAGAGGAGUGGUGGUCUUCAGCCGUGACACGCAGACAGUAGUGCUGAAGUCUCAGGCCCAGCAGUGUACCAUCAACGUCUCCACCCAGAUGACCGGGAUCGGCUGCUACGUCUCCUGUUUGAGCGACAAGCUGGUCGCCCCUUGCAACUACAUCACUGCUGAUGAGUAUCAUGACAGGAGGCUGAGAGCUGUGAUCCGUCUGCAGUCAUUUGCUCGACGUUGGCUAGCCCAACAGGAGGUGGACCGACUGAGGAGGGAGCGGGACCGCCGGAUGGCCUGGCUGGAGAUGCAGGAGCGAAGGAGGAGGGAGGAGAAGGAGGAGCAGCUGAGAGACCGGCGCCAUCGCUGGAUGAACCCACAGAGAAGGGAGGACUUCAACCUGCUUUACCACGCUCUAGAGAAGUGGAGGUAUGAGGAGGAGCAGCAGAUCAACUCGUCUCUGCGAGGAGCUGAGAGGAAGGCAGCUCUCUGCUCGCUGCUGGAGCAGGAGACGCAGCUCAUCGCCGCCAUCGGAUGCCACCGCAUCGCUGUCCAGAACAACAACUAUGACAAAACUGUCAGGAGCUUCCUGGACAAGUCUGCAGCUCCUCAUCAGUGGCGAGCAGCAGACGGUCGACUGAUCGAGAUGGACAGUCAACACACUAUCAGAGCCAGAGAGCUGCGAGAUCUGUACAACAACGUCAGCCUGUCCAGUGUUAGCCAGGAGCAGAGACUCCACGUCCUCAUGACUCUCAAACACACUGUCAAGGAGCAUGAGUGCCCGCUGACCCGGGACAUCAUGGAUUUAAUCGACAGGGAGGUGGACCUGGUGACCCGGGGGGUUAAGGCAGCCAGUCUGGAGGGGUUGAGGAAGAGGAUCUCCACUCUGUUCCUCCAGUACGUCAAAACACCAGCGUUUAACCCUGAGGUGGCCAAGCACCUGAAGGUUCCCCAGAAUCCCUCUCUGCUGAAGAACGACAUGUUCCUCUGCCGCGGCUGUCAUCGGUACCUACGCUCUAUCGACUUCAGCCCAUCUGCAAACGGCCGUCUGAGCGGCAGGUGCCGGGACUGUGCCGGACUCGACAACAAAGCUAGGGCCCGCAAUGACUUCUCCUGUUACAAAAACAUCCUGAGGAGCCUGAGAGCUGAUGAGCAGCGGCUCAACGAGGAAGCCAAGAUUCCCUUCCUCCUGCAGGUGGAGGACAUGCGGUACCUGGUAGAGGUGGUCUGGUCCUCCCGCUCGGCCCUGCACGCCAGCAGCGACCUCUACAACCUGGUGUUUAUCCGCUGGGAGCGUCGGAGGGACUGGAGCCCCUGGAACUGCAUCCUGCUGUCCAAAGAGGAGACUUCAGCUCACAUGGAGGUGGAAGACGUCCACAAGGCAUAUGAGGCGACGUUCAUCCGCAGGAUCGAACACAAACACACGCUGGCUCGCCGCCACUUUAGCCAGAUUGCCGUCAUGGCCGAGUACCUGGACUCUCAGCCGACCGCUGCCCUGGGCAACCAGCUUGUCUCCAAGCCCAUCACCAUGGCAGCAGGCAAGCACGCCACCGACACACCACCGGCCUCAGCUCAUUAAGACACACCCUUUCCUUUCUUCUGUCACUGUUUCCUCCCUCGCUCAUUUGGUGUGUCACUUUCUAAAACAUUUUGUCUGAAACCUAAAAUAAAGUUCAUGAUGGUUUUA